AACGUUUCAAACUUACAAACAACAUGCAGCUUUCAUUCAUCGCUCUGGCUUGCUGCCUUGUGGCCUGCACUAUGGCCUAUCCCCAUCCUGAGGACAAGCCCAAGCUCAACUGGAAUCCGCCAACACCUGGCCCGAGUCAACAGCAGCUUUGGAUGUUGGACGGUGGCUACAACAAGAACCAAACUGGCCAUGACGUGCAUGUGCAAGGACAGACUCCAGUGUCGACUAGCGACAACGAAGGUUUGGAUCAUGGUGGAAAUAUUGUUGGAUCGUGGAAUUAGUCCGCCUUCUUAAGGUGGCGCUGGCAUUUACCGAUUCAGAUUCUAAGCAGCAGCUUUUCUUAUUGAACAAUUUUAUUGGUUAAUACA